ACACAUGUUCUGUCUGACAUUUGCUACGGUGACGUGAACGCUGCUUGCAUCGGCAACUUGGAAAGUAGAGGUGAUUAACGAAAGGAAGCUCACGGAAUAUUUAAUACUGCAGAAACAAAGACUUAGCAAAUUAAACUGAAAUCCAAUUCUUAAUUGAUUAUUAACAUCUUAGGACUUCAAGUCUAGUAAAUAUUAAAUAUGAAGCCUUCGGAAAGCGGCGAUGACUAUGAAGAACCUGAACACACACGUAAACUUUUUAUCGGUGGACUCGACUAUAGAACCACAGAUUCUUCAUUAAAAGAAUUCUAUGAGCAAUGGGGAGAAAUUGUAGAUGUAGUUGUAAUGAAAGACCCAAAAACCAAGAGAUCAAAAGGAUUUGGAUUUAUUACAUAUUCUCAAGCCCAUAUGGUUGAUGAAGCUCAAAAUAAUAGGCCUCACAAAAUUGACGGAAGAAUUGUCGAGCCAAAACGAGCAGUUCCAAGGGAAGAGAUUAAAAGACCAGAAGCUAGUGCCACCGUUAAAAAGUUGUUUGUAGCUGGACUGAAGCAAGACAUUGAAGAAGAAGACUUGAGAGAGUAUUUUAGUACAUUUGGAAAUAUUGUUUCUGUUAGUGUUGUGACAGAUAAAGAAACUGGAAAGAAAAGGGGCUUUGGUUUUGUAGAGUUUGAUGAUUAUGAUCCAGUUGACAGAGUAUGCUUGCAACAAAAUCACCAAAUUAAAGAUCAACAUUUGGAUGUGAAAAAAGCAAUAUCGAAAACUGACAUGUCUGGCGGGGGUAAUGAUAGAGGAGGUCGCGGUCGACGCGGGGGUCGGGCGGGAGGCGGCGGAGGUUGGAGUCGUUCUGAUCAAUGGGGAAAUCAAGAUGGUAGUUUUAACCAGGGGCAAGGAUACAGUCAAGGUGGCAACUGGGGGAAUCAAAACCCUUGGGACGAUAAUGGUGGCGGAAACUGGUCUAAUCAGGGCUAUGGAGACCAGGGUAAUUGGGGGUCCUUUGGUAGUGGAUACCAACAAAGUUACAGUGGUGGUCCCGUGAGGCCUAAUUAUAAUACGCAAAGGCAACAGCCAUAUAAUUCUGGUAGCGGUUAUGGUUCGUCUGGAUACAAUUCUGGAGGCACAGCUCCUGCAACCGGUAACCAGCGCAGGUUUUAAACUGCUUCACUAAACAUGUAAGUAAAUCUUUUUAUUGAUACUUUAAGCAUAUAUAUAUUUAUAUAUUAUAUACAUGUCAAAUUCAAGUAACUAGGAAAUAUUUUUGGACUGAUGAGUGUAUAUUUCUAUACUAAUAUAUAAAUGUACAGUGGUUUUUACGGAUGUUCCGUUAUAACUACUGAACCAUGCAUCCGAUUGACUUGAAACUUGGUAUCCAUGUAGAAAAUACAUGUGCUUAAUGGAUAGGCUAAUAUUUAUAUGAGUGUUGGACUCCCUACACUAGUUGCGGGGGCGUCAAUGUUGAGGAUCUUUGCGGGGUUGAGAAAUAAUAAUGUUAAUUUUAAAUGCCCAGCGAAGCGGACGGGUACAGCUAGUUGUUUAUAUUUUUAGAAUUUUCACAGGGCUUACACAUUAUAAGGUCUAACUGAAAUUGGUAAAAAAAUAUAUUACCUAUUUUGAAUGAUAAUUCUGAAUCGGAUGUCUUGUGAAUACAAUUCUGUGUACUGACAAUGGUUAUUUUUUAAUGCGUAGGUCUCAAGUUGCUAAGUUGAAGCUAGGCAGGCAGACGGUAGAGUAGUGACCGAAGGUAGGCUUGCAACAACUAGCCAAUGACAGACAAGCGGCAUAGUGAGGCGAAAUUAAUUUUGAAUAUUUUAUAAAUCGUUCUAUCACUCAGGUUUGUUCACAAGGUAUUAUAGGUACUAUAGAAUAUAACGUGCAUUAAACACAUAGUUACUAGUACUCAAAAUUCUAAUAGUUUUUACGUAAAUGAUUUGAAAACAUUUUUACAUUCAUUCAUUCAGAGAAUUCAAGAUUUAUGUUUCUCUAAACGUUUGUAUAAGAUGCACGAAGUAUGUGUCUUAAAUUGUUUUCUUUUUACUAAUUUGUUUUUCAUUAAAAAUAAGCAGUAAAUGUUCUCAGACGUAUUUCGAAGAAGAAAAAAUAACAAGUUAAAGAAAUACAUUCCUAACGUUUUACUUAGUUAUAAGACGACAACAUUUAAUAUUGAAUGCGUUAACGCAGACACGUAUUUACAAAUAACCGAUUAACUGUCCAACGAGAUUAAGAAGAUAUUUAUUUUUGAGAAUAUAAUACAUUAUAAUUUUUUGUUGUAAAACUGAAAGGUGCCUGGUUAUAAACCAGAGAUAUUGAGUAUUACCGUUUUAAUUUCUAAGUUGAAAAGUGCAACGCCUAAUUAUAUUGUUCUUAUAAUAAUUGUGAUUUGACCUUUUUGUUUAUCAUUAAGAUUUAAAAAAAAAUAAGUUUUAUUUGUCAUGUUAGAAUAGUAUGAUAUAUUUUGUUAUUGUAUGUGUGGAUAAAAUUAAAUGAAUACUAUUUUUCAUGGAUUCCGCUUAAACGGUGUCGAGCUUUCCUCAAUGGAAAUGGCCGUGGUAAGUUGACCAAAUAAAACCAUACAAAAUACA